AUCUCGACUAAAUCGAAGCCGUCAGUCAGGCGGAUGGGCCCCAUGACCCCGCCUUCUUCCGAAUCUCGACUAGCAAGCAAGCAACCGAAGAGGCAGGUUAUCUCGGGAAUCAGUAUAGACGGACUCUCAGUUCUAACUUGAGGACCUUCAUUCAUAAGGGUGGACCUAUAGCAGCCCCCCCCUGACUUGGCGCAACAUCCACCUUUCCGGUCCGCUCUCCUGGUUAAAGGUUCCUUGGAAGGUAUUUCCUUAAGGCAUUGCACCAAUAUGACACCGGCACUAGUCACAGAUGAUGAGAUAUUUCAAUGUGAUUUACAUGGACCUGUGAUCCGAUGCGAGAUCGAGCGCAUGCAGAAAGAGAUCAUCAUCCCGAUCAACGAUUUGAUUUGUAUUCUGCCUAGAGGCAAUAGACAUGUUCUACUCUUUUUACGAAAGGAUGAGAAAGGCAGGGAAACUUCCGACGAGUCCAUGUCACUCCACACUAUCCAGAUACUCUCACUGCCCGAGCAGCUGUCACGGUUUCGCUGUGAAGGUGUACCUACCUACCUUGGAACUUCCAGCCGCGAGAAGGUGGAAAGAUUGAACAUUCACGUGAUUAUAUCGAGCAACUCUGGGACAGGCACAGGCAAGAGCGUCUUCGAAAAAAUAGUGAGACCUUUUUUAUCGCAGAUCGGUGUCUCGGAGUAUGCGGUUCAUGAGACCCAAUCGUCACAGACAAUCAUUAAACUGUGUCGCGAAAGAUUAAUACCCCAUGCCCAAGCAGGCAUAAAGCAAACAGUUAUUCUGCUUUCCGGUGACGGAGGCCUAACUGACAUAAUUGACUCGUUUCAUGGUACAGCGAUGCAAUAUUUCAUUAAGCCAAAUAUUGCUCUAAUCCCGACUGGAACAGGCAAUGCCAUGGCGAAUUCGAUUGGGCUCCUAGCAAGGCGAACAACUGGACUUUUGACAUUAUUGCAAGGGCGUCCCAACCCAAUACCUGCAUUCCUGGCCACCUUUUCCCCUGGUUCCGAACUUGUGAUGGGAGCGGGCAGCAAGAAAGAGAAUUUCAGCUUUCUUUCUCGCAGCCAAAGUGAUCAUCUUACAGUAUAUGGUAGUGUUGUCGCAAGUUGGGGUAUGCAUGCUACAUUAGUGGCGGACAGUGACACUGCCGAGUACCGCAAGUUUGGAGCGGAGAGGUUCCAAAUGGCUGCUAAGGAGAUUCUUUUCCCUUCGAAUGGCUGCCAGGCGCAUAAGUUUCGCGGUCUUAUCAGCUUCACAUGGUUUGACAAGGAGACUGGCGAGCGACGGACAGACGCCUUACCACAUGAAGAGCAUAUGUACGUGGUGGCGACUUUAGUGUCAAGCCUCGAACGAGGAUUCACAAUAUCGCCUUCUUCAACACCUUUAGAUGGCUGCUUGAGAAUCAUCCAUUUUGGGCCAAUGGCAUCGGAACAGGUUCUAAACUUGUUGAGCGCUGCUUAUCGAGGCGGGAAACACACCGAUGAUCCUAGAGUCACCUAUCGCGAAGUUGAAAGCUUCCGAAUAAGCUUUGACGAAGUUGAUGAGAGAUGGAGAAGAGUCUGUAUAGAUGGCAAGAUUAUUGCUGUUGGGCAUGGUGGCUGGUUGAAUGUACAGAAAGCCUCGGAGCACCGUCUCAACGUUCUACUACCUUCUCACAUUGAUGUCUAGAGAGAGACUGCUAGUGUGAGACUUGUGUUUCUAACAUGUCACUUAUAGCAUGAGUUUGUGACUUUGGUACGCACAUAGGCUACAAUAGUGACGACAAGAUACAGACGCUUUACUCUCCUAGGUCGCACAUUCCAAUACACAACCUGG